GCAAAUGACCGCCUUGCCUUUUCUCUCUUCCCUUUAAAGCCUUCGUUGGUUCCUCUGUUUUGGUCUACAGAGAGAUACCCACACAGCCACACGCUUCUCUCUCCUUCCUCAACACACUUUCUUCUUCCUUCGUAUCUAUAUAUAUAGAGUAGAAAAACACACGAAAUCGAGACCCCCAUAAGAGUUCUAGAGAAGUCAGUAUUUAGUAUGAAAAUGGUGUGCUCUUAUUUGGGUGGAUUUCUGUUUCUUUGUUCCUUGCUUGUGGCUCUUGCUUCUGGGUCUCAUGGAAAUUUGCCGAUUAUUUCAUUUGAUGAAGGGUACACCCAUCUUUUUGGGGACAAUAAUCUGGUCAUCCAUAGAGAUGGCAAGGCAGUCCAUUUGAGUCUUGAUGAAAGGACAGGGUCUGGAUUUGUAUCUCAUGAUCUUUACCUUCAUGGGUUCUUCAGUGCUAAAAUCAAGCUGCCUUCAGAUUACACUGCCGGAGUUGUUGUUGCGUUUUAUAUGUCUAACGGUGACAUAUUUGAGAGGAACCAUGAUGAGAUUGACUUCGAGUUCUUGGGCAACAUAAGAGGCAAAGAUUGGAGGAUACAGACUAAUAUUUAUGGCAACGGAAGCACCAACGUUGGGAGAGAAGAGAGAUACAAUCUCUGGUUCGACCCUUCUGAUGAUUUCCACCAGUACAGUAUUCUAUGGACUGAAUCCCAGAUUAUAUUUUAUGUGGACAAUAUUCCCAUUAGAGAGUUUAAGAGAAAUGCAUCCAUGGGAGGAGAUUUCCCCUCGAAGCCAAUGUCUUUGUAUGCCACAAUAUGGGAUGGAUCUAAUUGGGCUACUAAUGGAGGUAAAUACAGAGUUAAUUACAAAUAUGCUCCGUAUGUCACUGAAUUCUCCGAGUUUGUGCUACAUGGCUGUGCGGUUGAUCCUGUUGAACAGUAUGCAAAAUGUGAUAAUACUCAUGGUUCCCAAGCAAUUCCCACUGGUGUCACACCUUCGCAGAGAACUAAAAUGGAUAGCAUUAGGAGGAAGCACAUGACCUAUUCCUACUGCUAUGACCUAACUCGAUACAAAGUUCCUCCCAUGGAAUGUGUGAUUAAUCCCCAAGAAGCCGAGAGACUCAAAGCCUUCGAUCCUGUUACAUUUGGAGGAGGCCGACGCCGCCAUGGGAAACGACACCACCGAAGCCACUCGAGCAGUGGUCAGACCAUUUCGAUAUAGAGACGGUGAACUAUUUAUUAUGUGAUAUGGGGGUUACUGUGACAUUAUGCUCAUUCGGGUUUGAUGUGGUUGGGGUCAGUUCUUCUUGUGUAUAGAGAGGAAGGACAGUGAUUUUUAUUGAGAGAGGGUGAUAUAGCUUACAAAAUAUGAUUUAUGGUGGUUGGGUAUGUGUAUAGUUCAUGCCUUGUAUUUUCCCACUUAUGUUUGUCUCUCUGUCUUUACAAAUUGAAUUUGUACCUUCUUGGAUACACCCUCAUAAUAUGUAUUGAAUAAAUUUAUUUUGAUAUAUUGAGUUGAGUUCAUAUGAGUUA